UUUCGGCACGAUCGACCGCACCAGCAUAUAGUAGAUGUGCUUCCCGCAAUAAUAAUAUACAGUACGUAAUAGAUUUGCUAGCUCUCCAAGUUAAUUGCACAUCUUCUCGCCAGCCAUGAUGCCGUUGGUGCUGCUCUUCUCGUUGCUGUGCCCAAGCUCCCAUGCUCAGCCGGGGUCACCACCACCUCCUCCGGGUCCGGCGGCUGAGGAGCUCGCGCUCCUCGCCUUCAAGUCCAUGCUGCUGUCUGACGGCGGUUCACCGGUAUUGGCAUCAUGGAACACGUCGAGCCACUUCUGCCGCUGGUCGGGCGUCGCAUGCAGCCGCCAGAAGCAGGUCGUCGCGCUGCGCCUGGGCUCCUCCAACCUGCCAGGCCGCAUCUCGCCGCACCUGGGAAACCUGUCCGCCCUCACGGAGCUGGACCUCGGCGGCAACCGGCUCUCCGGCGAGAUACCGCCGGAGCUCGGCCGUCUCAGCAGUCUCCGCUCCCUCAACCUGAGCGGCAACUUCCUCACCGGAGCCAUCCCCGCGGCCAUUGCGGCGGGGUGCACCAACCUCACCUCGCUCGUCCUGGGACCGAACAGCCUCCGAGGUACGAUCCCCGCCCAGAUCGGCACCACCUUGAGAAAGCUCACCGUGCUGGACCUCCACCGGAACAACCUCACGGGGCACAUCCCUCCGUCACUGGGGGAGCUGCGCUCCAUGCAGGUUCUGUCUCUGUGCUUCAACAACCUGUCCGGCGAGAUCCCCGCCGCCUUGGGCAACCUCACAGGCCUCCAGGAGCUCCGCCUCCAUAACAACGGCCUUUCCGGAGCAAUCCCAUCCUCUCUUGGGCUGCCGCACGACAUGUCGUAUUUCAAUCUCGAGUUCAACCGGUUAACCGGGGAGAUCCCUGCCUCCAUUUGGAACCUCUCGUCUCUCGUCGUGUUCUCCGUCAUGUACAACAUGUUAAGCGGCACGAUGCCUCCCGACGCCUUCGCCGCCAUGCCACAUCUCCACCAGAUACAAGUCAACCACAACCAGCUCCAUGGCCCUUUCCCGGUGUCCAUAGCAAAUGCUUCCAACAUUUCCCUGCUUCAGCUCGACAGCAACCUUUUCAGCGGCAUAUUUCCCCGUGAUAUCGGCAGGUUAAGAAAUCUCAGCACUCUACUUCUCGACAACAAUCUGUUUGAAGUUCACGAGCCAAGAGAUUGGGGAUUCAUAACCGAAUUAACAAAUUGCUCCCAGUUGCGACUGCUGGGAUUGGGUGGUAAUAAGUUUGGAGGUGUUCUUCCAGAUUCGCUCUCCAACCUUUCCACUUCACUCUAUGAUCUUCAACUCGGGUCCAACAAGAUCACAGGAAACAUUCCAGAGGGCAUUAGUAACCUCAUCAACUUACACAAUCUCCACAUGUCGCACAACCUCUUCACAGGAAGUCUCCCCUCUUCAUUGGGAAGGCUUCAGAAAUUGGCCGGUCUCUAUGUCAUUGGAAAUAAGUUGGCCGGGCCGGUCCCGUCGACCAUAGGAAAUCUUACUGAACUAUCUGAUUUGCGGCUCGACAUGAACGCGUUCAGUGGUAGAAUACCAAGCACACUGGGAAAACUGGCAAAGCUCUCGUCACUAGGUCUUUCAGGAAAUAGCUUCAUUGGUCCCAUACCCAGCACAUUAUUCAGCAUCCAAAAACUCUCAAUGGUUCUUGAUCUGUCACAUAACAAUUUUGAGGGAUCCAUACCACAGGAAAUCGGGAACCUGCGAAAUCUAGCAGAAUUGCAUUUAGAGUCAAACAAAUUCUUUGGUGAAAUCCCCACCACCCUUGGUGAGUGUCAAUUUCUAGAAAGACUUUAUCUGCAAAACAAUUCCUUGAAUGGUAGCAUCCCAUCAACCCUGAAUCAACUGAAGGGUCUUCAAACUCUGGACAUGUCAAGCAACAACUUGUCAGGCCAGAUACCCAAGUUCCUUGGCAACAUGAGCAUGCUCCAGUAUAUGAACCUUUCCCUUAACCGGUUUGUCGGAGAAGUGCCGACUUUUGGUGUCUUCGCAAAUGCUACUGCAACCUCAGUCAAAGGCAACGUUGAACUUUGUGGUGGAAUACCUACUCUGCAUUUGCAUCCUUGUUCUUCUCAAAUACCAAAGAGGAAACACAAACUUUUAGUGGUUCCUAUUGUUCUCUCUCUCAUUACAACACUAGUCGUGCUUGCAACGCUCUACAGGCUUGCCAUGGGGCACAAGAAAAACAGAACAGAGACCUUUUCAUCUACAUCCAUGAACAGCCACCUAAAGCUAUCUUAUUCACAGCUGGUAGAUGCAACGGAUGGGUUUUCAGCAGCAAACUUUUUGGGUUCUGGAUCGUUUGGGGUUGUGUACAAGGGAAAGCUGCAAGCAGGUCAUACAGUUGCUGUGAAGGUACUGAAACUUCAAAAUCCCAAUGGAUUCUUGAGUUUCCUCGCUGAAUGUGAAGCGCUAAGAGGUAUGCGGCACCGAAAUCUUGUCGAUAUAAUCACCAUCUGCUCAAGCUGUGAUACAAGAGGGUAUGAUUUCAAAGCAAUUGUGUAUGAGUUCAUGCCCAAUGGUAGCCUAGCUGGGUGGCUACAUCCUGACGAAACAGAGCAGAAGCAGCUCAAUCUGUGUCUUAGAGUGGCCAUACUACAUGAUGUAGCGUGUGCACUACACUAUCUUCAUCGGGAGAGCCCCAUGCCCAUCGUACAUUGUGAUGUUAAGCCAAGUAAUGUGCUCCUAGAUGAUGAUAUGGUGGCCCACGUUGGAGAUUUCGGACUUGCAAGGGGCUGGGAAUUCUAUGUUGAGAGGAACUCAUAUCUCCAACAGUCAGAGAGCUCCAUGGGACUUACAGGAACAACAAACUCAUCUUUCCAACAAUCAGCUGAGAGCUCAAUGGGAUUUGUUAGGGGAACAAUUGGCUAUGCUGCACCAGAAUAUGGGGCUGGAAACAUGGUGUCACCGGAUGGAGACAUUUACAGUUACGGGAUUCUUGUUCUAGAAACUGUAACUGGGAAGAGGCCCACAGACACUAUAUUCAGACAUGGACUGAGGCUCCGUGAAUACGUUGAGCAAGCUCUGGAUCAUAGCAUGAUGGAUGUUAUUGACAAGCGGCUCGAAGAUGAGCUCCAGACCGCGGAUGAUUUGUCGAGGAAGAAAAAGAUCGACUGCCUGAUGGGGCUACUAAGACUGGGAAUUUGCUGCUCUCACGAAACGCCGUGGAGCAGAAUGCGAACCGGAAAUAUCGUCUACAUGUUGCGUACCAUCAAAGAAUCCCUUAUUGAACGUCAAUAAUGCUAGACAUACAAAAACUUACAAAGGUUUACUUAACCUUUCAAACUAACUCUUCUCUCCCCCCAUGAUUUUCUAUGGGGGUGGGGCCCCUCAUCCCUCAAUUACCAAUCACAAUUUUACACAUCAGUUUGUACGUAAAAUCUUUACGUAAGCCUUUAUAGGUGUAGCAUUACUCUAUUGAACGUAGCUAUUGUAACGUGAUAGAUGUCACGCACGUUCCCUUCUCUCUCGGUAGACUUGGCUUGCACGUCAAGGUUAGAUAGAGAGAGAGUUUGUUAUAGAUUGAAGUUAGUUUAA